GCUUACGUUUACCUGCCAUGAAACUAAAGUCAGAAUUUAGUUUGCAGGCCAAAAAAUGUAUAUAAAAGCAGCGUGUUGCAAAGGCUUGCAAGCAUUCGUGUGGAACUCAGUGUUUCAGAAUGAGCUUGUGUUUGCGAAGCACCCAGUUGACAUCGUCUUCACGCCAGUCAGGGUCUGCUCCUGAUCAAGCUUCAUUGAGAAGCGUACAACCAUGUCUCGAGUACCUUGGCCGAGUCUAUGCUAUGCCAGGCAGUGUUUAUAAGGAAAUACUGGAACUACACACCCGCAUCACGGAGCUUGUCACCUGCCAAUCAGAAAUCACCAUGGGGGUUGAGGGUACCUUGGAUAACGACAUAGACUCUCAGGCAAUCAUUGAUGGCUCUGAGUCUCAGACAAUCCUGCCUCUUGCCACGCUAGAUGAACUCAAUGGCGUUUCACCGUCGUUGACUCCACCAGACCUCUCCAUCUUAGUAGAAUCGUUAGCAUUCCAAGGACAACUUUCAGACAUAGAGUACGGUCCUGUAGGGUUUGCUAGCCCUCUACCGCCUGAGGGUCUUCCCAUCAGUGGACUUCCCCAAGACCUGUUUCUCACUGGCAGCUAUAGACUCGAUGUACCUGACUUCUUGUCUCAGUACGACACGUACUUUGAUGGAAAGAUGAUGUCCGAGUCCGAGUCUUCAGCAAGUCGCGACCAACAAUCAAGUGAUCGCAUUCAAGUUGCGCAGGCCGACCAAGAUAAAGUAAAGUGCAUCUGGUCUGGAUGCUCAAAGGCUCUCAAGAAGGGCAGUCUCACCCGUCAUAUAAACGAGACACACCGGCGGAAAGUCAAGGCUGUCUGCGCUCGCUGUGGAAAGAGGUUCGCGCGCCCAUAUAUGCUAAAGAAUCAUAUCUGUCGGGCAGAACGUGGAAAGCCCUAGAUACUUACAUAUCACACGUUUCAAUAUUGUGGCAGAAUGACCAAGCUAGCCAGACUAAUGCAAAUGACUAUGUUUAGGAUCACAACAUUGAUCCAUGCUUAUCAAUGACAUAUUUAUAUAAUGUCGAAUCUCU